UCGGAUCCUAGAAGUAAACGGAAGGGUUUAUUUGCUUCGCACGAAAAAGGCAGUGGGAAAGAAAUCAGAGGGUUUAGGCCGUGGAGCGGAAAUCAGAAAUGGGAAGCCAGGCGAAUCAUGGAGGAUUUAGGGCAAAAAUGGAGCACUACCUUUACAGUGGUGAAAAGAAGCAUGUCGCGGCCGGCAUGGCCAUCAUCGGCGUCCUCUUUGGCGUUCCAUGGUACCUCAUGAACCGAGGUACAAAACAUCAAUCCCAUCAAGACUACUUGGAGAAAGCUGAUAGAGCUCGAAAUGCACGUCUACAUUCUGCACCAUCAAAAUAAAUGAUAAACAUAUACCAUGGUGUUUUCUUUUAUAGAAUACUCGGGCAACCUAGUACUGCUUUUGGUUUUUUUCAUUAUUUUGUUAAGUGAAUGAUUUCUUGUGUUUUGUAUUUGGAUUUUGAAAGAUAGAAAUAAUUGGCAGCUCAAGUUAUUAUA